UUCAAAUAAUUCACACUGGUAUCAUUAGUAAAUACUGUAACACUCGCAUACUGCAUCGAAUUAUGGAUCGCAUGCCUUUGAAUCAAUCUUGCAUCUCUGAGCAAAUAUUGACAAUUGGAACCCAUCACGUGCUGAACUAUAAAUUCCUAUUAUUACUUAUGAUUGGCCUUUUGACCUUCGGGGAAACAUACUGGAAAGGGGAUGGUCUUGGGUUCUUGUCAUAUAAUUAUCUGCCAUCCAACUAACACCUGGCAUCUGGGUCUGGUGAUCCUUUUUCCACUCAGGCGAUGGUUAGGUAAGUACAGGUUUUGCAAUCGUCAUAGAUUAAUUACUUCUCAAAAGUCGACGGAGGAACACAGAAAAGUUGAGCGCUCAUGCAAACAUGGCUAAACCAAAAUCACCGAAACUGUGGAUUCUCGUCUUCAUUUGUGUCAGAAACUUCACAGACGGCUGCGAAGCAUAUUUUAUCGCACCGACAGCAUGGUAUUACGUCAAAUCCCUGGGUCAAAGCAAGGAAUUUCUGUCUUUAGUUUUAACCUCCUUCAAUCUUUCCGCUGUCGUCAUAUCGCCAAUAUUUGGACACAUCGCGGAUCGUUUCGGGCAUGUUAAGUUAUUGAUAGUUCUGUCUUAUGUGGUAAAAGUUGUGGGCAAUUUGUUAUACAGCAUUAACACGUCCCCUUAUUUUCCACUCAUGGGCAGAAUUAUUAGCGGUAUGGCAGAGUCCUCAUUCGGGAUUCUAAUGGGUCAAGUUGCACUUCACACGAGCAGUGAAAAUCGCGCAGGAAUCUUUGUAUUUUUGGAAACCACAUAUUGUUUGGGCUGUGCAUUUGGACCGGCAAUUGGUAGUUUUGUAACAUUCAAUGCUGAUCUUUUUGGUUGGAAGAUUAACGCGGGGAAUUCGCCCGGCAUAAUAUUGACAUGUGUCUGGCUAGUUUCGCUAAUUGCUUCGCUCUUCUUGCCCCACGAUUUCGGUGAGAAAAAUGCCAGGGAGGAAGUUAAAGCCGAGAUGACGAUGUCGGGUACGAGCGAUAGCGACGAUGAACGAAAACUAAGCGAACAAGACCGAACACUCAACGAAAGCGAGACGAAGACAACUGUCGAAUGCAAUUCGCGAGUUUUAUGUUUGUUCUACCUGAUAUUUUGGAACGAGGUUUUCUCAAGCACUGCAACUUUCUUUACACCAUUGAUUGCGAUGGAAAUAUUACACCUACGACUUAUUCAUGUAAAAUUCUACUUUCUAAACAGCUCGUUAGCCACUUUACUGCUUUUUAUUACGAUGUACAUUGCAUCGAAUUACCUCAGAGAGAAGAAAAUAUUCUUAUUUUCAAUGCUGCUGCAAAUUAGCGCGAUAUCUUUGCUGGUCAUUUUGGCGUUUACUUGGGACGAUGUCUCGUCUGUUCAUUAUUACAUUUUAUUGUUUUACGUAAUGAUGGGGAUGCCGUACUUUGCGUUCUCUGCGGGAUGCUCAUUGAUGUCAAAAAUUACUCAUCCAAAAAACGCCGCUUUCUAUCAAGGUACCUCGUUCGCAAUGGUGCACUUGUCAAUCGUUGCCAGCCGUGUGGUAGCCGGCUAUGUUUUCACACGAACUGGUUUGAUAUGCUUCAGUUUGGGACUUGCAUUCUUUUGGUUUAUUGGUGUGAUAUGGUUUGGUCUACUGUACAACUCUUUUGAAUCGAAAAAACCGAGCUUUAAAUCUUAACUUGGAAGCGACUUAGUUGAAAUUAGGACUGACGAAAGCUUAAUGGAUCUUAAUCUUAUAGUUUAAAAUAUAUUCAAAUCUUCCAAGGAAUAGGAGUUAAAUG